CGCUAGAGGGCGCUUAUUUCCGGUGUGGAAGUUGUUUCGGCGGUAAAUACAAAUAAAGCAAGACGUUGCUAAUGUAAAACGUAUUUGUUGUGAUGCUGCAGUGUCCAGACUCAUCAGUAGGUAAAGGAGACAGUCUCCAUCAGCAAGUUUUGUCUGCUUUCCCGCUGUGCGAUCUGAACGAGGAUGAUCUGAUCCAGAACCCUCUGUUCUGUAAGCUCCUGGCCACUCUGUCACAGCAUGUAGAUCGCACCGGACUGACUUUACCGUUGAGAAAAGAGCUGGAAAAGGCAGAGAAGGAGCUCCGGUUGCAGAAGUUGGGAUGGCUCCGUUUGGAAAGCAUACACAGAAUCCUGCAAGAGAUGGUGCAGGAACAUCGCUUCAGACAGCAGAACCACUCCACUGCAGCACCAGCUGAGGACACGUUCUACACCACUCUGGAGCGGUGUUUACUCAUGGCCCGGUGUGUCCGCCAGCUGGACCCGAGCGGCACCGUCGGCCAAGAUCAACCCCUCGUCCUGGGGCUGUCUGCAGAGAAAGUGCUGCGUCAGCUGCCUCCUCAGCAGGAUGUGUGGCAAAUGAAACAGAGGCUACCGACAGAACUGCAGAAGCACCUGAAGAAGAAACUCUUUAACCUCCUCUCCUACUACCAGCCUGAGUGGGAGAAUGACAGCGAGGGUCUCAGGUGUGUGAAACUGUCGAAGCUGCCAGGACUGCUGGAGAGCGAGCGCAGCAGAGCAGAAAGUCUGGCUGAAAAGAACCGAGAGAACGCCACCCUGCUGCAGCGCCAAACUCACGCCUACCUUUCUGAACUGCUGGAAUGCAUGCAGCUCUUACAGACUCUUGUCCUCGACCUUCGACUCAAAGUGCAGAAAGAACUGGACAGGAAGAAGAUUGAAUACUUUGAGGCCAAAUGUGAGGUUGGAAUUCAGAAGAUUAGGGCAGAGAUGCUUGAAGUGCAGCUCGAUACUUACACACGAGAUAAGAUAGCAGCGCAUCAGAAAAUCACGGAGAAGCUCACUGCAGAGCUGAAGGCGUGCCAGGUUGAGAAACAGUCGCUGGAGUCCAGACUGGCGUCCUUUGAGAUAUACGGCAAGGAGUUUGAAGUCCUGGCGGAGGAAUAUUCCAGACUGCGGCAGGAAGUCGCUACAAAAUCCUGGGCACUGAAAGAAUUUACAACAUGAACCAUCAGAGCAAGCAGGCAGAACUAGUACGAGUUAGACCUGAUGUUCAAAAGUGCCAUACUUUAUCAGUAAAGAUGAACAGUUGUUACUUUGCUUGUGUCUUUUCCAGAUACGCAACUGUUAACAACAUAAGAGUUUAAAAUUUAUUUCGAGUAUUAAAUUAUAACCUAAUGACUCAACUCAUUGUUAGGAUGCCCUUUGGGGGAUCUUUUCAGGUUCUCAGCAAAUCUGAUUAAACUUUCUUCUCUUCCGUGCUGCGUUCAGGGGUAGAUUAGAUUAGAUUGGAUUAGAUUAGGUUAGGGAUAUAUGUGAUAUGUAUAUAGAUGAGUUUAUAGAGGAAUAAAAACAUUGAAUUUCUUUCUAUCAAACUAAUGUGUGAAACAUUUUCCAGCAUUUUUAUCUGAGCAAACAUUAAAACCUUUCUUGAUUUUUU